AUGGAUGUUCCCGAGAUUUUCUGCGCCGAAACUAACACGAAGAAGUGGUAUGAAGUUCUAAAGGAAGAGGUGCUGGAGUUGCGCUGGAGGGUUCUCGUUGUGGCAUGCUUUCUCACCUUUGGCAGUUACUACAUCUUUGACUUCCCGGGCUCCAUGGGCAUCGGUGAAGGAGCAACUAUUGAACAGCGUUUCAAGGCCCACGGUAAGGCUUACACACAGGAUAUGAAUCAACUGCUGUAUAGCGUGUACUCGUGGCCCAACACAGUGCUGGCUAUAUUUGGGGGCGUCUUGAUAGACAAAGUUCUUGGUAUCCGCAUGGCGAUGCUUCUCUUUACUCUUUUAAUAUUAGCAGGGGCUGUGCUUUUUUGGGUGGGCGUAUAUUAUGUUACAUUCCCACUUAUGGUGACGGCGCGUGUCUUAUUUGGGUUGGGGGGCGAGUCUCUUUCGGUGGCACAGUCAGGCUACGUCGCACGGUGGUUCAAGCACGGGCGUGGCAUGGCGCUGGCAUUUGGUAUCACAAUAAGUUUUUCGCGCGUCGGAUCAUCGUUUAACUUUCUCUUCUCACCCAUGAUUGCCGAGGCCCGGAGUGUUGAAGUAGCCGCGUUGGUUGGCAUUCUUUCUUGCAUUGUCUCUUUUUGCGCUUGCUUUAUUUUGAUUUUUGCUGACAUCUACGCCGUGCGUAUUGGGUACAUCCGGCCGGAGCCACGUGAAGCGGGGAAUGGUGUCAUGAAGCUCAGCGAUGCAGUGCGGCUACCAUUUGCGUUCUGGAUCCUCACCACCAUUUGUGUCUUCUGCUAUUCCGCAAUUUUUCCUUUCAUCGGCAUCGGCGUAAACUUUUUCGAGGUGAAGUACGGCUACAGCACCCGAAAGGCUUCUAACUACAUCUCAGCGUACCAAUUGGCCUCGGCUGCAGGAUCGCCGUUGGUCGGAUUUAUUGUGGAUAAUGUGGGGCGUAACACCCUCUGGCUCAUUGCGGCUAGUACCUCUUUUUUGCUAAUUCACCUGCUGCUCUUCACGACCAUGAUUCCUGGCAUUGUAAUGGUGAUCGCUAUGGGAGUUUCCUAUAGCGUGCUUGUUUCUGGGCUCUGGCCCUCGAUUCCGUGGGUGGUGAGCGAAAAUAUUACUGGACUGUCCUAUGGCAUCAUGACGGCGGUGCAGAAUAUCGGCUUGGCCAUCUUCCCCAUCAUCGUGGGGGACAUCCUCGACAGAUACGUACCAAAUACCAACGACCAGAACGGUGCGACAAGUUCUUCAUCUUUGCAAGUGAGUACAGAAGAUUCUCCGCACCUUCCCACGCUACGGGGAUAUCAGCUGGCUGAGGCGGUCUUUAUUGCUGCGUCCGCCGUAUCGCUGCUUGCCAGCGUCAUGCUUCUCGUCUCAGACAUGCGCCAUGGUGGCAUCCUCACUGCUUCAAAUGCUCGCAGGAAGGAAAUGGUGGAGGAGAGGCGCAACUCCUUCCUGGAGUCUCUUCCGGAUGAUGAACGGGCCUUUUUGUCUAUUAGGCACGAUAUUUAG